AUGGUCGCGGCGCUGCUCUCGGUGGGGCCACACCCUCUACGUGUGCAGCCUUUGGGCAAUGCUCUGAUGGACGGGAAUAGAAGCAAGCGCAUGGAAUGGCUAGGCAACCUUGCAAAGCUGGACGAUGCGCUUCUCUUGCAGCUUAUGGCCGAGUACUUGGACGUGGACAGCCUCGUACGCCUUAGUGCAGCUUCGCGCUUCCUGUACGCCUUGGCCAGUAUCCCUAGUGUCUGGCGAGAUCAUUAUUUGGAAGAUUUUAAAGGCAAUGUGGAACAUUGGUGCGAGACGUGGCGGGCUACGUAUGUGUAUGCUGCGGCCAAGCAGCACGCACAUCGCGCCGCACUGGCCAACGCUGCAUUGCUGGGCGUAUCCUGCCGCGGCGUCUAUUCCGACGCGAUAUACCACUCUUUCAUCACCGCCUCUUUCGAGCCACGCACAUUUUUGGAAGAGCAAGCGCGGCGCGAAGCGCGCAAGCUACAUCGAUUCCGCAAGGUUGCUACCGAUACGCCGCCGGAACGAGCGUCGAUAUGCGAUACCAUCGUGCGUAUCUCGGAAAAAGAUACGACAUGCGAAGCUUUUCAAGAAGGGUUUGCAGAGAAAAGCGUGCCGUGCAUUGUCGUGGAUGCGACGGACGACUGGCCUUGCAGGGUAUGGACAUUGGACUACGUGCACAAAACCUGGCCGAAGCGCAUAUUCCAAGCAGAAGCGGCGCGUAUGGAUGCAAGCACGUAUGCGGCGUACGCACAGUCGUGUACGUCCGGCAAAACAGAGCCAGAUACCUCGCCGCUCUACCUCUUUGACGCCGAGUUUGCCGCGGAUGAAAGCGAUGCGAAAAAUGCAUGGCGCGUCCCGAAACUGCUGAGCAGAUUUCCUGGACAAAGCUCGCGUGCAGGCGCGCAGACAUGUGCAGACCUGUUUUCCCUCUAUGGCAGCGACCGCCCCGAUUACCGGUGGCUGAUUGCAGGGCCGGAAAAAAGCGGGAGUGGCUGGCACAAGGACCCGAACAUGACCUCGGCUUGGAACGCCGUCAUGCAAGGCGCCAAGUACUGGAUGCUGUUGCCCCCAGAUACAGUCCCGCCGGGCGUGUACGUGUCAAAAGACCAGGCAGAGGUCACUGCUCCCGCCAGCUUGAGCGAGUGGAUGCUCGACUUUUACGACGAGACCAAGCGUCGGCAUGGGCGGCGCGAGCUGGGGGGCGAUGGAAAGCUUGUCGAGGCAGUCUGCCGCACGGGGGAGGUUAUGUACAUUCCUAGCGGGUGGUGGCACCUCGUCGUCAACCUGGACACCUGUGUCGCACUGACCCAAAAUUUCGUGAGCGUCACCGAACUCCCGGCUGUGCUCAGUUUCAUGCACCGCACACCCGACCAAAUCAGCGGGUUCAAAGGCAGCGAUGCGGAAAAUUUGCAAAGGCUGAAUGAUUUUGUGGAAAAGCUCGAGGCGUGCGACCCGGCGCUUGCAAAAAACGCCUUGGCCAAGAUGCCAAGUCCGCCAAAGGAACAUGUGCAAGAUACGCGCGACUGGCGUGAGCGUCUCGGCGCUGCACAGCAUCAUGUAGGCUGGUCCAUUGCGGACGCCGUGGGCAACGAGGAGCUCGGCGAUGUGCCUUGGUAG